CAAUAUUAUAAAUAUUGAUGUAUAUUUUGAAAAUAUACGGAGGCAGGUGUUAGACCAAGUAGUUUCCAAUCUAUAUGUAUUUUUAAGUAUAUUAACAAGCACAUUUUAUUGAUUUAGUUAGAUGUCUGAUGCAUUUUUGUCUUGUAGGUGACAGCAGCUACUGUUUACUGGAUUAAAAGGAGGGCAGCAGUGAUGUAUUUUAGAGAUCUGAGGAAUUUUACAGAGAUGAUGCGAGCGCUCGGCUACCCAUGCCUCAUUUCUAUGGAGAACUUCAGAUCUCCAAACUUCCCUUUAGUGGUAGAGAUUCUCAUCUGAUUUGUCCAGAGGUGACAAAGGCUCAUGUGCUAUUGAAUCUCAAGCGUUUAUAUCAGGCAGAUGGUUAUGCUGUGAAAGACAUGCUGAAAAUCACCAGCAUCCUCUACAAUGCCAUGAAGACCAAAGAGAACACCACUGGUGACCUGAACCCUGAUGAAAACAGCAAGUUCAUGUUUGACCUGGGGUCAAAGAUAGCAGAUUUAAAAGUGGCAGGACAGCUGGGAUCUGAGAUAACAGCAAAGAGAGCAGCUCUGUAUGACCUGCUUGGCCUGAGAGAGAACAGGACGGCAGCGAUUGCCUGACCACUGGAGAUCACUGAGACAGAGAGAGCUCUCAGAGCAGCAGUGAAAGACGUUAUGGAGAGCAUCUAAAUGACUAAGGAUCUGCAAGGCCUGGAGGCCAAAAUUGAGAAAAAGAAACAGGAUCUGGAGAGAAACCAAAAACGUUUACAAACCCUACGGUGCAUACGGUGAGCCGCAGGCACAGAAAUUCAGUACUGUCUGACACUGUUUUGUUGUGUAGUCCAGCAUUUAUGGAUGAAUACGAGAAGAUUGAAGAGGACUUGCAGAAGCAGUACCAGACGUAUCUCGAGAAAUGUCAUAACCUGAGUUUCCUGGAGCAACAGCUGGAUGACUAUCACAGAGCAGAGCAGGAAUGGUUUGAGGAAGCUGAAAUUACAAUGAGAAUGAUACAAAACAAAUUAAAAGAGGAAGAAAAGAGACUCAUGAGGAGUAGAGGGUUUAAUAUGACGUCGGCCCACCCUUUGCAGCUAUAACAGCUUCAACUCUUCUGGGAAGGCUUUCCACAAGGUUUAGGAGUGUGUUUAUGGGAAUUUUUGUCCAUUCUUCCAGAAGCGCAUUUGUGAGGUCAGAC